GCGCAGCGGCACAGAGACGGUGGGGGAGGGUCACGUGUGUACACAGCGUAGGGCAGAGCAGCAGCGGUAGUAAAGUGUGCAUCAGACGGACUGCCCCUUUCCAGAACAAGCCUCGUCUGAAAAGUUGAUAGGGGAGGACUGUACGGGACCAAAAUGCAGUAAAACGACACUUUUGGCCGCUUUUAGGCUUUACGAGGGCGGAGAGAGUGCGAGCGCGUAUUUUUGGACGUGUUUGUCAGAUGAAACGAUUGAGAAACACCAAUGGAAACGCUACAUCCAAACCAAAUGCCUCCGUAGGUUUGUCACAGAGCCAGAGCUAUACGUUUCUGUUGGCGUGCUGAGGAGCGUGUUUCGGAGCCCGCGAUGUGGAUGUGCUUGGUUUACAAUGAGACAGACUCCAGUGUGGACCAGCAGCUGUGCCAGGACCUUGGCCUCCUCCUCUCCAUCCUCUCCCUUGUCUACCUCCUGGUGUGCUUCCCCCUGGGGCUGUGCUACAAUGUGCUGCUGGUUGUGGUCAACCUGUCCAACAAGGUCUCCAUGACGAUGCCAGACGUUUACUUCGUCAAUAUGGCCAUCGCCGGGCUGGUGCUCAACGUGGUCGCUCCAGUGGAGCUGCUGAGCUCCAGCUUCAGCCGCUGGUUUGUCUGGGACUACAAUAAUGAGGUGUACAUUACUCUACUGAUCCUGUUCAACAUCUCCUCAUUGGUCAUCAUGUACUCCACCACACUGCUCAGUCUGGACUACUACAUAGAGCGGGCGCUGCCUCGGACAUAUAUGUCUAGUGUCUACAACACUAAACACGUGUGUGGAUUCAUUUGGGGCGGGGCUGUGCUCACCAGCUUCUCCUCUCUGCUUUUCUAUGUCUGCAAUCAUGUCUCCACCAAGAUGAUUGAGUGCUCCAAAAUGCAAAACAAGGAGGCAGCAGAUGCUAUCAUGAUGUUUAUUGGUUACGUGGUACCAGCAGUGGCAGUGCUUUAUGCUUUUGUGCUCAUUUUACGGAUUCGGAAAGAGUCUACUCCUCUGGACCAGGACUCUGCUCGUCUAGACCCAUCUAUCCACAGACUGCUGCUGGCGUCUGUGUGUGUGCAGUUUGUGCUGUGGACCCCGUACUACAUGACUCUUUUAGUGCACACUAUAGCAGGGAGCCCGGGCUCCUUUAGUAACAGACACCACUAUCCCACCUAUCACUUCCUCAGAUGCGUGGCCAAGCUGCUGGCCUUCUCGAGCAGUUUUGCCAUGCCUCUUAUGUAUCGGCAAAUGAAUAAAAACUUCUCUAACAAGCUCCAGCGGCUGCUGCGGAGGCUGCACUGCUCUGACCAGUCGUGUCCACAUGAACGCUCUGCGGUGCAACAGGUGGUGACGUGAGCUCACCCACUGAGAGACCCUCUGACCCCAGCAGCACUUAUCUCUGCUCCAGAGCCGCAGUCCACUGGACCCCUGCCAGCCUGUGAAGCCCAGCUCUGGGCUGUGUUACAGCGACAGCGGACUGUGGAAUUUCCUGUCACCUUUUAAGAGCUCCAUCUGAUCAAUGCAGCUCUACAGUGAGGACACAAGCUAAACCACUAAGUGCUAUUAUGUUUGUUACCAACUAAAGCUAUCCAACCUACUAGGGUUCUAGUUUGAGGGCAUUAGGCACAAACAGCAGCUAACCAUGAAGGAAAUGUGCUUUUAACCAGGAUUCCCAAUCAGAGUAUCGGUUUACUGGUGCAAGCAUGUCUAAUGUAUACCAUUUAGGUUUGCAUGUUUACUAGAGCAUGGCCACCAGGCAUAAUUGCAACUACAGGAUUAUUAUGAAUACUUGAAGAAUGAAGUUCAUAACCACAUGAAUAAAUAUAUAUAAAAACUAAGUAGAUUUCAUAUGCUUGAAUUUUAAACAAUUAGAGAAAAAGUCCCCUCAAACUAGACACCUGUAUCACUUGAAUAAAGAUUUUGAUGUAUUCAUGUUUUGAUUAUAACCUGUUUAAAUUAACACUUUGAUGGUGGCGUUCUUUUAAAGGCCUUUUUUAAUCUGUAAACUAUGGUAGCUCGCCUCACUCAUGAACAUUCAUGAUAAUAGUUUAAAUCAGGUUUUCAGUUGUAACUGGUAUACCUCUUAUGGUGUCUGCUGAUAUUACAUGCAUUUAAGCUCUUUAGCCAUAGUCAUUGCUUUACAAAGUCUCUUAUACAAACUGUGGUGUGAAAUCUACGCUGUGAGCAGAGGAGGCAUUUUGUACAUUCCCCACAUUGUAUGAGUGUUUGAGAAGGUUUUGUCCAGUGGAAAUAUGUCAACCGGCUCAGACACUGUCACAGACCUUCACUUAAAUAUGAGAGGAUUGCCUUUCAAGUUCCCACCAAAAUACAGUAAUACUGCGCGCUUGUGUAAUGGCUGAAUUAGAGACUGCUUCCCCUGAUUAUUGUCAUUACAAAAUGUUAAUUGAAUUCUGCAUGGUUCUUGACCUUCUCAUUUACAGUUACGGCUUUAGCCCAGUUAAUUUAGUCUGUAUUAACUGAAUACAUUUUUAACAGUGAUCCCUUUCUUAUUUUUGUUUAAACAUUUGUCAUAUCCUACUGUAUUUGCUGCUCUAAAAAAUCACUGCAUUCGAGGCAGUUAAUCAUUACUUGGAGCCAGCUCAAAGUCCUGGUAUUUGUUUAGGAUUUGAAUGCAAACAGUGGCACCGGGUUAAAUGUUAGAUGAGGGAAAUGACGCUGUUUGAUCAUAUAAGCUGAAAAUCCCACUUUAAAUAUGUUUCGUAUCACUCUAUAGAGGCACCAGGAAAGUAUGCUGUUAUGGUAAAAGUGCAUUCAUUUGAGUCUAAAAUAUUGUUAACAGAAUGUGUUUAUUUCAAGCAUUUAUUGUAACAUUUAUUAAAUUAUUUUUUGCAUCAAAAUUUUUGAUGACUUGCUAAUAAAUUCAAAAUUGUACACAAUUAUACCAAAUGAUUGUAUGCAUUCAUCAUACUGAACUAAAUUACUGAACUACUUCAUGAUUUUUAAGUUUAAAUGCAUAAAAUUGUAAUGUUAGUCCAUACAACACAAAUUUGAAGAACAAUCACUUAAAACUUUGAACUGAAUAUCCCUAGGGUCCAAAGUAAACACAAACAUCCCCUUUAACCACGGCUAAGACUCCAUCUACGAAGUAUGUUCUGCAGCCACAGAUCUGAAACAUUUUUUUGGCACCACAAAUUAAAAGCUUCUCCCACAAAUGAACUGCACGAUAUCCAUGACUUACUAAUGAAGCUCGAUGAAGAAACUUCCAAAUAACAGCUCGUAUUACUGUCCGUGACUAGAAUGUGCUUUUCCAUGGGGCCCUACAUCGCCUCUAAGUGGAUUGAUAAUGACGGUGAAAUACUGUAAAACUUCCCAGACUCAAGCUAUUCUUCAAAGACCUCAAGAAUCAGACGCACCUUCAGAUGUGACGACUGGGUGCAUGUGUGUAAAAUACAGUAUAUAUUAUGUGUGUAUAUAAUGUAUGUGAAUAAUGGUCCUACAGAGACCAGGCUCUUUCAAAAGUACAGUGUUAUUUCAUGAGAGAUAUAUUUAGAUUCUGUAAGUAAUCGACUGUCACGUGAGUCAAAGACUGAUUAAACAAUAAACUAACGUGAAAAUCAA